AUGAAGCAGUCAGAUGAAAAUAUUGUGAAGCAAAUCGAACGUCGCGAUCUCUUUGGAUUUAUACUCUUGACAAUGCGAGUGGCGGCAAUGUAUCCAUUGAGUUUGAGAAAGGAAAACAACUGUUUAAACUACUUAAUACGAAUCGCAGAUGGAAUAUACGAGAUAUUCACGUUGUUUGUGUCUGUGCAUAUAGCGGCAUUAUUUAUCGGCACUAUCUACAUUUACUAUGGCCAAGGUGAUCUGGAGUUUCUGGUCAAUUGUCUGUUGCAAACGAUCAUCUACACGUGGACCAUUGCAAUGAAGUUGUACUUUCGUCGGGUUAGACCCAAGCUGUUGACACAGAUUAUUAGUUUUAUCAAUGAUAAACAUCAGCUACGUUCGGCACCCGGAUUUACCUAUGUGACCGUUAGGAGUGCAUUGCGUCAAUCCAAUCUGUGGAUCAAGAGUUAUGUCUACUGCUGUUUUGUGGGCACGAUAUUCUGGCUGGCGUUGCCCAUAGUUUACAGAGAUCGAAGUCUGCCCUUAUCCUGUUGGUAUCCAUUUGAUUAUAAACAACCGUAUGUCUAUCAGUUGGUAUUCUUUCUGCAGGCCAUGGGGCAGAUUCAAGUGGCAGCUGCCUUUUCAGCUUCUAGUGGAUUUCAUAUGGUGCUGAGCAUUCUUACAUGUGGACAAUAUGAUAUUCUGUUUUGCAGCUUGAAAAAUGUGCUCGCCACCAGUUAUUUGAAAAUGGGUGCCAAUCUGGAGCAGCUAAGUAAACUCCGAGAGGCGCAAUCCGUGGCAGAUGCCGAGCCAGACCAGUACAGCUACUCCCUGGAAAUACUGACUCCGCCGGAACAGCUUAUCGAGCAACGAAAGCCCAGCAACAAUAUGGGUUUUUACGGAGCCUUCAAGCAAUCAUUUACACACUGUUUGCAGCAACAUCGUUAUAUAAUAUCAAUACUGCAAAAGAUGGAAAGUUUCUAUAAUCCGAUUUGGUUGUUCAAGAUCGGCGAGGUAACGUUUCUCAUGUGCCUGGUGGCAUUUGUGUCCACAAAGAGCACUACAGCCAACUCAUUUAUGCGCAUGGUGUCACUGGGUCAAUAUCUGCUCUUGGUGGUCUACGAGCUGUUCAUCAUCUGCUACUUUGCCGACAUCGUCUAUCAGAACAGUCAGCGAUGUGGGGAGGCACUGUGGCGCAGUCCUUGGCAUCUGCAUAUGCAUCAGUUGCGCCGCGAUUAUAUAAUAUUCAUGAUAAACUCACGACGCGAAUUUAGACUGACUGCUGGUAAAAUUUAUAAUCUGAAUGUGGAUCGCUUGAGGGGGACCAUCACAACGGCAUUUUCUUUCCUCACUCUACUGCAGAAAUUGGAUGCUCGUGGUUAG